GUGAAAUGACAAAAUUGCACGUGUUUGGCAAAUGGCAUGACAUUCCAAGGCAGCAGGUAACCUACGGGGACCCUGAGUUAACGUACACUUACUCAGGCGUCACCUUUUCUCCUAAGCCAUGGAUCCCAGUUCUCAACCGUAUCAGAGACCGCGUCACUUCGGACACAGGACAUGCUUUUAAUUUUGUUCUUAUUAACAGAUAUAAAGAUGGCGGGGACCACAUAGGCGAACAUCGAGACGAUGAGAGAGAAUUGGUUCCGCGCAGCCCUAUCGCAUCCGUGUCCUUCGGAGCCUGCAGGGACUUUGUUUUCAGGCACUGUGAUUCCAGAGGGAAGAACGCAACGCGCCACAUCGAGCCCAUCAAACUCCAGCUAGCCCAUGGUAGCCUGCUGCUGAUGAAGUACCCCACCAAUGUGUACUGGUACCACAGCCUGCCCACCCGCAAGAGAGUACUUGCCCCAAGAAUCAACCUCACAUUUCGGAAAGUGAUGACUGUAGCCAAGAAGGAUUCCGUUCUGACUACCUGA